AAGUGUGUGCGGAGUCACCUUGCUGUUUCUCAGGCUGCUGCUGUUGGACCGUCCGGCUCAGAGACAAACAGGCAGCGUGCGGGAAUCUGACCGGAGACUCCAAGCAGCGGAACCAUGGCGGAGGCUAAACCGAAGACUUCGCCGAAGGCUAUCAAGUUCCUCUUCGGAGGUUUGGCGGGGAUGGGGGCGACCUUCUUUGUGCAGCCGUUGGACCUGGUCAAAAACCGGAUGCAGCUGAGCGGUCAGGGGACCAAAGCGCGAGAGUACAAGACCAGCUUCCACGCCGUCUUCUCCAUCCUGAGGAAUGAAGGCGUGCGAGGCAUCUACACUGGUCUGUCUGCAGGUCUGUUACGGCAGGCCACCUACACCACGACUCGCCUCGGCAUCUACACCAUCCUGUUCGAGAAGAUGACAGGGUCUGAUGGACGGCCGCCCAAUUUCUUCAGCAAGGCUCUGAUUGGUAUGACAGCCGGGGCCAUCGGAGCGUUUGUGGGGACACCAGCAGAGGUCGCUCUGAUCAGGAUGACGGCUGACGGACGUCUGCCUGCAGACCAGCGGCGAGGCUACACCAACGUUUUUAACGCUCUGGUUCGGAUCACCAGAGAAGAAGGACUCACUACACUGUGGAGGGGGUGUGUCCCCACUAUGGCUCGAGCGGUGGUGGUGAAUGCAGCACAGCUGGCAUCUUACUCUCAGUCCAAACAGGCUCUGCUGGACUCGGGUUAUUUCCGCGAUGACAUACUGUGUCAUUUCUGUGCCAGUAUGAUCAGUGGUCUGGUUACCACGGCAGCAUCCAUGCCUGUGGACAUUGUCAAGACCAGGAUUCAGAACAUGAGGAUGAUUGAUGGCAAACCAGAGUAUAAAAAUGGUUUGGAGGUUUUGGUUCGUGUUGUGGGGAAGGAGGGCUUCUUUUCCUUGUGGAAAGGUUUCACGCCGUACUACGCUCGCCUCGGGCCGCACACGGUGCUCACCUUCAUCUUCCUGGAACAAAUGAACCGCUUCUACAAGACCUACGUCCUGGAACGUUAACUCACCCAGACCUGAGUCCUGGUCCGCUGACUGACCCAGACACUUAAACCAGACCUGAGUCCUGGACCGCUGACUGUCCCAGACACUUAAACCAGACCUGAGUCCUGGACCGCUGACUGACCCAGACACUUAAACCAGACCUGAGUCCUGGACCGCUGACUGACCCAGACACUUAAACCAGACCUGAGUCCUGGACCGCUGACUGACCCAGACACUUAAACCAGACCUGAGUCCUGGACCGCUGACUGACCCAGACAC